AUGGCCAUGGAGUUCUGUGGCUCCCAGCCACCACCGGCACUCGCCCGCUCAAAUCUUUGUAGUCCGCCCAGAUCGCCAUGGCCUGCGCCACGUUCCUUGUCUCGGGCCACGCUGUAUGGCAAAUUGCCACUUCAACGCGAGCUCCUGUUUGCUGCCGGGUGUACACUGGCCCUCCUGGUGGGAACCACCAGAAAGCGUCUGCGGAGAGGGAAACUUUUUCCCGCUAUGGGCGGCAAGAGGCCCACCGGCAAGCUGAAAACGGCCAGGUGUUCUGGCCCAACAACAGACACAAGAGAAGCCAUCCAGAUUGACAACCGAACCGAAGUCGCCACAAGCGAGACAGUGGCUUCCGAAGAAGAGGAUCCCCGUUGGGAGAUCGCGGGUCCCUUCCAGCCCUUGGCUGAAUUUGUCGACGCUUUCCUUCCGGAUUUGAUUGUUUCAAACAUGGAGAAGAUCACCAACUAUUCCACGCCCUCUCGUGGGCUUGACGCGCUCAUCGAGCACUCAAUGAUCGUUCGAGACUGGCAUGUGGAUGCCCAGCGCAGCUUCGGCGCCCGACUGCUGCGGAAAACCGUUCCAGAGCCCUUCGCGGCGAUCUUUCGCAGCAUGCUGAAUACCUUGAAGCUGUGGCCAGCGGUCCACCAAUCGGCCAUCCGGUUCGGCACUUCCACCUUCGGCGCAGCCGGCUCGAGAUGGCUUGUGGGGGAGAGCCGAGUGCUCUCGCAGGAGGAGGAGGAGACUCUGAUCCAGCAGCUGCGAAAUGACGGCAUCGAUGUGGCUCCGAGUGGGGUGAUGAUGCUGAAGAAGUGCAAGUUCAUCGAAGAAUCUGGUGGUUGCAAGAACCUGUGCCUCAACUUGUGCAAAGCGGGCACGGAGGAGUACAUGAGGAAGGACUUGGCUUUUCCAGUGCGACUGGUGCCGAAUCUUGUAGAUCACAGCUGCGCCAUCUUGCUGAUGGAGCAGCCAGUCAGACCGGAGGACGACCCGUUGUUCUCCAAGCCCUGCACAGCCACGCGCUGUGACCAGAAAUUCAGCAUGCCGAGCUCCCGAGUGCCGAAAGGCCUCGAGGCCUCUCUGUGUACAGAGGAAGAAGGAGGUUGA